AUGAGCUUCACAAGAACUUUUUCCACAGAAUUGGAUCCAAAUUUUGGUGAACCAUUUCAAAUACUAGUAACAAUUCCAUCAGAAAAACCAUCGCAAACCGAGAGAAACAAAGUACCAAUAACAAUAUUCAUAAGCAAAGAGGGCCCAAACACACAAUUCGGCUGUUAUAUCUAUUCAAUAGUACACCCAAAAACAUCACAAGUCUACCAAACCAUACUGAACAAUUCAAACGAAGGACUACUUGAUAUAACAAAGAAAUUAUCGAACGUUGUUUCAAAGAAAUAUAAAGUACCAGCUUAUGUCAAUGUAAAUGGUUAUUUUGAUAUUUAUGAUUAUAUGGGUGUGCUCAAGACCGUUUUAGAAUACAUUGAUGAGAAAUUUGACAACCCAGAAGAUACAAAAGACGUUAUAAUACAAUAA